AUGAUUGAACAAUACUUCGCCACCGUGCAUACCUACUUCCCUAUCAUCUCUAAGAUACGCUUGUACCAGCACCUUGCGAACCCUCUACAUGAACCAGGUGCUGACAUCGCACUUCUGUUUCUUGCUAUGAAGCUGGUCUGUGGCGAGGUACCAGACGGACAACCGCCACAGACACAGCUCUAUCAGGAUGUCAAGUCCUUCUACGGCUACGUAGAAGCGCAAAACGGCUUCUCGAUCCAGCUGAUCCAGUCGCUCUGCCUCAUUGGGCUUUAUGAGGCCGGUCAUUGCAUCUACCCUGCAUCUUAUCUCACGAUUGGCAACAGCGCUCGUCUCGGCCAUGCCAUGGGCUUGCACGCACGAGGUGUACCGCAGAUGAUAUCCAGGGCCACCACUUGGACCGAACAAGAAGAACGGCGGCGGGUCUGGUGGGGUGUCAUCGUCCUCGACCGCUUCAUCAACAUCGGACAUCGUGGUAAACCAUUUGCGACCAACGAUCCAGGUCUGGACAAUCAUCUUCCUACCGACGAUACCGCCUGGGAUCGUGGGCAGAUGCUAGUCGCAGCACCGCUGUCACUCUCCGCGAGCCAGACCAUCCAAGUGAGCCCUUUUGCAAGGACAUGUCAGGCUGCUCACCUACUCGGCAAAGUAAUCGCUCAUAUUGACGAUAAGCACCUACCUCUGACCUACCGCUUCUCCGAAGCUUUGCAAUUGAAUCGCACAUUACGUGCGCUUGCCGACAUACUCCAAGACCAAUGCGGGCCCGACAGCUUGGACGGCGACGUGGCUACGGCCGACCUAUGCUCUUCAAUGGCACUUAUCUUUUCAGGCCUCCUGACUUUGUACGAUGCUUACAGCUGCACGGAGCAAGCGUCAACGGCGCAUCUGGCUGCAGAUGGCACCGAACACAACAACAGCAACGGUAAUGGCAAUGGCGCCACUUUGGGUGAAGAGCAGCUUCAGGUACAGAAGGCCAGCAUCGAAGGGCUGGAGGAGAUAAGCAGCCGUGCAUUGAUCCUCACCCGCACCAUGAGGAGGACUAUCGAUACACGUGGAGCUGGAACCAUCAGUCCAUUGUGCGUGGACGUCGUGUAUCAGGCUGCCGCAAACUAUGCGUGGUAUGUGCGGGAGUCGUCCGACCCAUGGUGCAGCGAGCGCCUCGUGGAGCUCAAGGAACUACUGGUCCUGCUAGACAGACGCUGGAAAGUUGCUGGAGAAUAUCUGCGGAUUGUUGAGGCCGCAGAGUUCUACCUUCAAAGUGCCAUUCGUUGA